AUGGUUUCUGCCGAUGUACUCGAGAAGAACGCUUGUUUUGUGCCAAGCCAAGAAGAUGUGACUCGGGUGUUGCAGCACAUCUUGGAUGCAAUUAAUAGACAUAACUUGACACCUGGACAAUCAGGAAGCGCAUCGUCUGCCGUAGUUGCGGAAUGCGAACAGCAAAUGUUUCUCAGUUUAAUUAAGUUGUCAACGCAUGAAGGGUUUUGCUUGCCGUUCAAACCUCAGAAUUCAUCGUCGGUGUCAGCCCAGGACCCUACAGUGUCAUCACUUAUGGAUACAGAAGAGAAAUACAAUGCUGUUUUGUGGCAGCAAAUCUGCAAAAAGUUCGAAUCUUCAUUCAUCAGUUUCUUACAAACGUUGCCGGUUGCGAACAGUUCACCUAUCAAAAACCAGCUUCAGAAACGACACUUUCUACUAGAAGCGCUUUGUACCCUUCUUCCUGUGAAUCAUGUUUGGUCAAAAUAUUGCGCAAUCCGAAUGCAAGACCUGCAUAAGCUGACGUCACAGGUUUUGCAUUUUCAACUUGGUCCACGAAGUAAAGUGAACUUCACCAACUUGAAUGACGAAGAUCAAAUAGGCAGUCCACGUUUUGCUGCUGGGCUGCAGGGAAGUGUCGGAACUGCAGGUCAUGAAAUGCAAAUGACCAAUUUCAACCAAUUUGUCAAACUACUGCCUACGUUUUACAACAAAGUUAAACUGAUGGUGGAGGAAGACGAGUUUGUUGUUCUGAGUGAUAUCUUCGGAUCCAAAGUGUCUGUCAGCGAGGUGUAUGCACAAAUAUAUCUGCCCUUCAUCGAAACUCUUCUCAGCAAAAUCUCAGAGCGAGUCCAAUCCAAUUUGCUCCAGCAGCAGUACCAGAAACAGGUGAAUGUGGAAAAUAUUGCGAGUUUGGAUGAAAAGAAGAGGUCUUCAUCCAAGCAGCGAAAAAGCGGAACUGCAAUUGUAGGUGCCAAAAGAAAGGACGAAGAUCAGUCUGCGUCAAACAGAUCUCAGCAAACGCAAACUCAGAGUGCAUUUAGUGAGUUCACUAGCUUCAUGGAUACUUCGCCAUUGAAUGAAGAUCAGUUGCAGACUGCCCACGUACCAACCUUAACUAUGGAAGAGCUGAAGCAAAUAGGCGAAGUAAUUAAGCUAUCAGUUGUAUUCGAAGACUAUCUGUCAGAUCGUGUUAUGCAGCUGAAACUGGAUAGUGUAACGGAUAAACAUGAACAGAGUCCAAAAAUGGUGAAAAGUGUCUUGAAGAACAGGAAUCCUGAGAGUCCGGCGACCUCAUCAACCGGAGAGGUAGUUUCAGGAACUGCAGAUACAGUGGGCUCUGGAGGACAAGGCAGUUCGAGUUCAACUGGAGUUGAGAACUUGUAUAUGCCUGGUCAGUUUUCAGUAGCCGAUUCCAUGAGUGUCCAGGUUGACACAGAAGCCGCUACAAAGUAUGCGUACUCUCAACCCCAAGGGAUUGCAGCAAAAGAAAACGCGACUGUGUACAAUGCCCUGGAGGAUCAGGACAUUGGAAGGUACCUUUGGAUAAGAGUAGUUUUGUCUAAUCUGGAACAGCAUCUAUCUAGGAGUCUCAAAAUCCAGCUCACGGGAUAUUCGCACAAAUGUCUGGAAGAUUUGAAAGCUACGUUCGACUCCAAGAACUCAAACAAAACUGCAAAUGUGUGCAAUGACUUCAAUUUUUGUCUCACUUCGACGCCACAAAAGAUACCUCAUCAAGUUAAAUCGUUGCUUGACAUGUAUAACUGGUGUCUGCCCUAUCUCAAAACCUGUCUGUCCGUUGACUCAAUUUGCGCCCCAAUUUUGGACUCUUUUCUGGCGACUGUGAAGGCGCUGUUGGGCGAGAUGAAUCGUCAGUGUAAUUUGGCACCUGAUUCUGCCCCAAUGACUCAGAUGUAUUUGAAUUUUUCGGCGGCCUGGAUUGUGCAUACAUUCAGUAACCACAUCACGAGUGUGAUUGGGGAGAUCCCUCUGCCCAUCAAGUUCCGCUCCUCCUUCUCUUUAGUUCACAAACAGUACUCUGAGUUCUGCCAAGUGCUCAUACAGAAGAUGCGAACGAUGCACGAGAUGAGUGUAUGUGCAAUACUACAAGAUGCAGAGAGCAACAACUACUCGUCACUUCGUCCGCCUCCGACUGACAUCAAUACUGUCUCCAACACAGUCCAAUCAUGGCAUCACUUCAUGCAACAUCAAAUCAUAGAGGACGCCCAUAAGAUUCUGCCGAACGAGGUGGCGACUAGAGUGUCCGCCCACGUGUUGAACAAGUCACUGAACAUGUGGCUGCUGCGCUUCUCUAGUGUGAAGCCAUCGCACAGCAGAGUUCACCAGAUGAGGAGUGACAUCCUCAUGAUACUUCAUCAUACCAGUGGUCUGCUAUUCGCCUGUACAAACAGACUGAAGAGUUUGCUGUAUGACGACAGCUGGGUGGUGCUGAACUCAGACCACGAGGACAUACAGGCCAUACAUACCUCAUGCAACUCACUUCUGGCCAUACUUGUGACUGUGACCUCUCCUAUGGACAAUCUCUACAAUGCGGUCAUCAUUGACAACUACCCAAUCAUUGUGCCAAAUCAUCCCCAACCACCAAUGAACGCUCAAGCAGCGUUUACCCAAUCACAGUUGAGCAUUUCGGCGUUCAUGGUUGAUUCGUCGCAGCAGGGGGGCAACAGCAGCAGUAGUGGGAGUAGGAACGAGGGAUUCCUCACACAGUGGAUGAAAGUGGUGGCACCCGAAGUGUUCCAGUUUGCAAAGAGACCCAUCACACCCUUCGAGAUAGAGAAACCAGAGUCCUUGGUGAUGCUGAGUGCGAGACUGAGUGUGUCGUCGGAAAACGUCAACCCAGUGGCGCUCCUCACCUCUCUUCUCAUGCACGACUACAUGUUGCCCAAACUCAUGCUGAAGCAGGCCCCCAAUUUCAACGUGUCAGCUGGAGGGUCCUCGGAGACGCAAGCAAGUGCUCAGAGGAGACUGUUCGCAACACCCUACACCUCUGUGACCUGUCAGGGAGUGCACUGUGUGAGUGACAUCUGUUCUCUCUCCAAUGCAUUUCCCAUCAUUGAUCUAGUGCGGCCAUUCGUGACUGUGCUUAACCAUGUGGGCUUCAUCUGUCCAAAUGCACUGGCAGACUCUUUGCUUCCCAUCAUGAAUGAACAUGGAGACAUCAGUAACUUUCUGAAGGGAGACCCCCUGAAGACAACAGGAUGGGCCAACAUCUACCUCCUCCUCUCUCCCAUUGUGAAGGAGCUGCUGCAGAACAGUCUCCUCUGUCUGUUCGAGACAUCCGCACCGCCUGUCUCCACUACCCUCCCAAUGUACUCGGCAGGAUCUUUGGGGGAGCAGCCUUUUUAUCAGAGUCUAGGUGAGCUGCCGUGUGGGUGUCGACUGAGGAACAGCAGAAGCAACACCAACAACUACAACAGUAGCAGCAGUCCCUCAUUCCUCACAGCUGCUGCAGCUGCCUCCGCCUCACCAUCCUACUCCGAGAGAGUGUACGAGUGUGUGAGUGAGUACAUGAGACUGCUGUCCACUGCCAUCUACUCCCUCUCGCCCGCUCUGCUCGCAUUCUUCUCCCAACUGGACAGACUGUGCAUGGAAGAGGCGGCAGACUACUCAGUGCCCAACCACUCCUUCCUCCUCUAUGUCAUCUGCAGGUGCACCAUCCACUACAUCAAGAACCAGAAUUACAUGCACGACGAAGUUCAGAUUGGGGCUUUGAAGAAACGAGAGAUGAAACUGCUGAAGAAAUUCAAGGACAGUCUGAAAAACCUCUUCUGUUCACACGAGAAGUCGCCUAAUUGGACUGCAGAUCAAGUGAACAUGUACAACGUCAGCAGACCCCAGGUGGAAAUACUGGGUCAGAAGUUGAACAGAUUUGUGAAGAGUGGCUCAUCUCGAGCAGCUGGGCCAGGAGCAAAUGCAGUGGAUGCCGAGAAAAACUUUGCUGACGAUGUCCCCAUUUCAGUUCUGGACGACCAGGUUCUGAAUGGGUGUCAGUUGGUGUGGAGCACGGCUGAGGGCAGAAUCUCCCUGGUGCAGGCUCACCACAUCAUAAAAGCGAAUCUCUCUUGGAUCGAACACGAACUGCACGUCUCUUCCCUCAAUCGAACCAACAUUCCAUCCCCGUCUGCAGGUCAACAAGAACAACAAACCCCAACAGCAGCAUUUCAAUCUGCUUCGAGUAAAUCUGCAAUGAACUCGACUGAUUCAAAUACAACUGAGUUCCAGAUACCGUCUGCACCUGUGUAUGGUCCCUUGACUUGCAAUUCUGGGAAGAUACACACUUUAGAAAGUCUUAACCAGCAGUUAGACUGGGAUAACUUGUUUUGCGUAGACCUGGGCAUUUCAAAGUUGGCGCUGAAAAAAUUGAUUGUCAACAGACCUGAAUUUCAAGACGAGUCAAUGCUUCUAACGGGAAUGGCGGAAUGUUUUGAAAGUGAACAAAGUGUGAGUAAAAAUGAAACUAUGACAGAUUCUGAUUUGGUCGAAGAUUCAUUUCAAAAGGAAUAUUCGAAGAUGGAGACCAAUUUUGAAGUGGAUAUUGCAAAUCAAAGACUCCAAAAUGAACAAAGUGUAGCGCAGCAACGAAAAAUAAUGAUCAAUGAGAUUCGCGAAGCGUUACAUUUGUAAAUUAUGAUAAAAAUAUCAGCUAUGUUUGCCAUAGGAAAGCACAGAAAAUCCUUAAAUUAGAUGUAAAUUAUCCAACUUAUGUAAAAUGCACCUUAAGUAGCUUAAAGAUAUUUAUUUUGAAUGUUAUAUAUAUUUUUUGUAAAUUUAAGUAAAUGUAAAUACAAGUAGAAUGUUUUCGUUCUUGCAAAAUCAUCUGAUUGUUGUUUAAUAGUUAAAUGGAAAAUUACGCUUACAAUUUUAAGAUAAGAAUAUAGAAAAUUAGCUGCAUAGAUUCUGAAGAUCCUGAUAAGAUUGAUUCGAUCAGAAUAAAUGAAAUUAUUGAUCAGAUUUUUUCUAAUAAGUCGAUCAGAAGUUACUCUGUAGUUAGUUCAAGUCCUAGCAUAUGUGCCAAAUUUUUGAAUUGUAAUGCAUGUUUCUUGUAUCAAAAGUUGUUGAAUCAAAUUUGAAUAAUGUACAAGAUACGAAAAGUA